GCAAGACUGUGCUGGGACUGGGCAGAGGGCCUGGGGGGCUGCUAGAAAUCCCUGGGGAGGAGGAGGCCCCCCCCCCGAAUGUUUCAAAACCCUUGUGGGAAGAUAGGCACUGUGCCACCCACCAUGUUAGACCCAGAGCUCAAGCUCGGGAGGGGUCUUUCCUCAGCAGCUGCUUGCUUCCCCAUCCAGGCCCCAGACUGUGCUGUUUUCAGACGGCUGUUCUGUUGGCCAACAGGGAGGGGGGUAAAGGAGGGCUCUAACUCCAUUUCUUGCCUCUUUGGCUCUGUGGUUAACUUGUCACGGGGAUGCUCGGGAAGGGAAGGGAAGGGAAGGGAAGAGAAGGAGCAGCAGAGGGGAUAAUUCGGGGUUGCAGUGGGGUUCCUUCUCCCUUUCCUGCUCUGGUGGGGUGACUUUGGCUGGUGCCAAGCUUGAGCGGGGGUCUCCGUGGCCAGCCUCCUUUUCCUUCUUUGGCCUCCUUAAAUGAGGAAGUCCUCUUUCCCUCAGCUGAUUCACACCAGGACUUCUCUGUCUCUCUCAUGACCCAACCUGUCAAGGGAUGAAGCAGGAAGGUUCAAGAGGGUGGACUGAAGUUCCUGGCCUGGGGGCUUCUGUGGGACCUCACACAGAGCGAGAACCAUGGUCUCUGGUCAGGGCCCUCGUACCGCCCUCUCAUCCCUCCUCUGGGCUUCAGGGACUCAUAGGAUCUUUGCCCUUUGACUUGGAUCUUGGCUGGGCCUGCCUUGCAGUCUGCCUCCAUGGGCUCACCAUUGUGCCCUUCUGCCUUCGGCAUUCCACCUGCUGUCACUGCCUCUUCCUUGGUUGUGGGGGGCAGAUCUCCAACGAUUUCUAAUUGCUAAGGUCCCUGCUAUUCUCUCUGACUCCUUGGGUCUCCUGUGAUCUUUGCCUCUCUCCUUGUCCCUGAAUGCUGCCCCAUUACCUCUCCCAUGCUUCCUCCUCUCCCCUUUGGUCACCAUCUCUCCAUUUCUCGGUGGCUCCCUCUCGGCACCCCACCUGCCAUGCAUCUGGACUCAGAAAUGGCGCCGGUUUGGGGCUGUGCUGUAUGGAGAGUCAGACUGCGCCUUGGCCCGGCUGGAGCUCCAGGAGGGCCCAGAGAAGCCACGCCGGGGAGAGGCUGCCAGGAGGGUGAUCCGCCUCAGUGACUGCCUACGUGUGGCUGAGGCCGGCGGGGAGGCCAGCAGCCCCCGGGACACCAGCGCCUUCUUCCUGGAGACCAAGGAGCGCCUGUACCUGCUGGCAGCCCCUGCUGCAGAGCGCAGUGACUGGAUCCAGGCCAUCUGCCUCUUGGCCUUCCCUUAGCCCCCCGCAAGGAGUUUGCUGUGACCAUGAGACCCACAGAAGCCAGUGAGAGGUGCCGGCUCCGGGGAUCCUAUACCCUCCGGGCUGGGGAGACUGCCCUGGAGCUGUGGAGUGGCCCUGAGCUGGGCACCCAGCUGUUUGAGUGGCCCUACAGGUUUCUGAGGCGCUUUGGGCGGGACAAGGUAACCUUUUCCUUCGAGGCAGGCCGGCGCUGCGUCUCUGGAGAAGGCAGCUUUGAGUUCGAAACUCGGCAAGGCAACGAGAUCUUCUUGGCCCUGGAAGAAGCCAUUUCUGCCCAGAAGAACAGCACCCCUCCUGGGCCCCAAACCCAGCCAGCCACAGUCCCUGCGGUGCUGCCCCGGCCAGAAAGCCCCUACUCCCGGCCCCACGAUUCACUGCCACCUCCGUCGCCCUCCACUCCAGUGCCCACCGCCCGGCCACGGGGCCCAGAGGGGGAGUAUGCAGUGCCCUUUGAUGCAGUGGCCCGUAACCUGGGGAAGAGCUUGAGGGGCAUCCUGGCGGUCCCUCCCCAGCCCUCUGCGGACCCUCUAUAUGACAGCAUUGAGGAGCACCCACCCCCGCGACCUGACCACAUAUAUGAUGAGCCUGAGGGAGUGGCUGUCCUGUCCCUAUAUGACAGCCCACAGGAGCCCCAGGGUGAGGCCUGGAGGAGGCAGGCCACAGCUGACAGGGACCCUGGCAGCCUCCAGCAUGUCUAUCCAGCAGGGCAGGACUUCUCUGCCUCUGGGUGGCCACAGGGAACUGAGUAUGACAAUGUCAUUCUUAAGAAAGGCCCAAAGUGACGGGAGUGGAGAAGGCGUGAACCUUAUCAAAUACGGGUGCUGAAGCCUGUGGGUGCUGAAGCCUGCCUGUCCCCCCUGGGGGUGGCGUCAGAGGCCCGUGAGAAGGAGCCGGAGGAUGGCAGCAGGCCUUCCAUCUAGUUUCUGCUGGUUACUCCUCCCGGCUGCUGCAUUCCAGGAAUUUCCCUCUGCUUCUUCCGGAACCCUGGGCUUGGCCUACCUUAGUCUGGUCUGAGGAAUUGUCCCGCCCAGGGCCUGCUGCGUGAGUCACCAUCCUAAUGCAGGAAGAGUGCCUGAAAGCGACACACCCUCCUCCUACCCCUUCCCACUUCCUCUUCUUUCUUUCCCCGGCCUAAAGGAACCUUGGGCAUUUAGGGGAGAGGCCAAAAGGAUGUCAGCAAAUUGCCCUGGUUCCUUGGCUUGUGCAGGCCUCCUGCCUGCUGGGGAUAGCCCUGGCUCCAGGCACCCGGGAGGAUGGCUGUCGCUUUCUGUAGGUUUUGGGUUUCUCUGUGGCAUUAAACAUUUCUGGAAUAUU